CACCCAUUAAGGAUUAUCAAUAAUCUGAGGUCAUAAAGAAACAACCAGAAGCGUGUUGCAGGGAGACCAAUUGGUUCAUACAGAUAUAAGGACUGUCUUCCUACUGAUCUAUUCAUAUAUAUGCUUUUGGUAAUCUCUGUUAUUGCAAUUAUACAAGUCACCAGCUCCUAAAACUUUAUAUUAUAUCAUACUUCACCGUUACACUUUCAUGUGGAUACGGUUGUGCGUAGCCAAAGCGAAUCAACAAACUGAGAUGGAUUUGUAUGACUUAGCCAAAACCAUUCUUUUGGGAUUGACUGUAAUUUCAUAUUAAAAAUCUACUGUGCGAACAUCUCUCUUCAGAAAAGAUUCAAACCUCUACUGACCUAAGACAAGUUAUCAAUUGCCGAAAGUGUUUUACUUACUCAGAUAAGAUUGAAAUUCGCCCUAGUCAUUUACAAUCUCAAGGACAUGAAGUUUAUGUCGUUUCUCGUUAAAGGAAUUCGCAGUGUAACAAGAAAAACACCGAUUACUGAAUGCUUACUUGUAGGUGGGACUUUCCUUCUUCCGUAUGCUGUUUAUUCAAAGAAAGAACUUUUAAGUAAAAGACUAUAUGUACACGCUGCGUGCGCUACCAGAAUUGCCCCUCAAGGAUCGGUUGUUAGUGAGACUAAGUCACAUGCUCUAUAUCUGACCAUUCACUUGGAUCCUCAGGCAUCACCGCAAGAAUGUUUGAAGUCUAUCGGACAAAUCAAGAAAUAUGUUGAUGCAAUUUGUCCACCUGACUCGAGAAGUGAAGAAGAUGAGAUUCUAUACGGUGUUGGCUUUGGACAUGAAUUUCUACAAAAAAUUAGCCCUAAUUUUCAGUCUAGAGGAAUUCAUGGUUACGAAUACCGUGAAAGAUCAGGAAAUCUUGGUAAAUUACCUAAAACAGGUGGUGAUAUAUUUAUUCAUGCUAAAUGUCAUGAAUAUGGCAAAUUGUUUGAACUAACACAAGCUAUUAUCAAUAAUUUACCAAAUGGAUCUGUAAACAAAUUUGAAGAUAUCUACGGAUGGGUUUAUCGUAAUGGACGAGACUUGAGUGGUUUCAUUGAUGGCACGGAGAAUCCGGCAGAUCCUGAUGAACGAGCUGAAGUGGCGAUCAAUUCAAAAACUGGUGGAAGUUACGCUGUAGUUCAAAAAUGGGUUCACAAUAUGAAUAUGAUUCAGACAACAAAAGAUCACACCAAGGAAGGAUGGAUUGGUCGAACAUUGAAAGAUAGUAUCGAGUUGAAGAACAAACCUAUUACGUCUCAUGUCGCUAGAAUGGUUGGAUGUAAGUAACAUUAUUUCUCUUUCAAUUGGUUUAUCUCUCAGGUAAUAAUUAUAUUCAUUUACUUUAUUGCUCUCACGUGGCCUCGCGUAUACAUCCACAGCCAGGGUAGUCCUACUCACUGCCUUCUUGUGACAGGGCUGUUGCUUACGUGAUUGAGAGUACGAAAAACGAAUGUCUUGCCCUUCAACCAGGUUGGUUGGUACGGCGAGUCCACUUUGGGGAGUUGGAGAACCCUGAUUCCAAAGUAAUGGUGCAAGUGGGCACCAAUAUCCUGAGGGAACAAAUUUCGUAUGAACCAAUCUUUGGUCACCGGCUACCAUGUGACUGCAUCUCCUGACGUUGCUCCACUGCCUUGUGGAUCAGACCUUUCUGUCGAAGUCUCUGGGUGUCCCCUCCUAAGAAAACCACGUGCUUCGGUUUGAGUACCCGUAGAGUAUCAUAGUCCACACACAAAUCAAGUGACUUGUGUGGCGCAUAUGUAUUCGAUGCACCUUUGUACCAAUAUUUAUCUGUUCAGUUGAAUAAAUAAAUAACAAAUUGAAGGAAAUUAUUCAAAGAUUUAUUUACUUUUCAACAGAUUCCAGACUGUAGUGAGUUCAAAUCAUUUAACACUAUAAUAUACCUAUUUUUUUGUAUCCUAGUUUUCAGUUCCAUCUACUUGUAUGUCUUUCUGUUGGUGUUAUAUCCCCUUCGGUAGACGGCUCAAUUAUAAACCUUUCAUUAGUAUUGUGAACACUUUCUUGAGUAUCUAAUUCAUGUAAAUGUAGACAAAAUCUAAUUCUGUAGCUCAGAGGAUAAUAUACCAUCACAAGUAUCUACCUGAACUUCAAAUCUUUCCCCCCAAAUGCCAUGGUAUGGCCGAGAGUGGGGUGGGCCCGCCCUCCCUCUCAAAAUGCUCUCACAUGGCCACGAGUAUACAGCCUCUGCCAGGGAAGUCCUACUCACUGUCUUCUCGUGGCAGAGGUGUUGUUUACGAAAAUGAGAGGAUAAAAAGAGAAUGUUCGAAGCUUUAAUCGAAUCCAAACCACUGGUGCAUAUGGGCUUCAAUAUCCUGAGCGAACAAAUGGCGUAUGAGCCCAUUUUCGGUAAUCGGCUACCAUAGGACUGCAUCUCCUCACGAUGCUCCACUGCCUUGUGGAUCAGAUCUUUUUUGAAUUCAAUAAUUUAGUCUUCGAUUUUUGUUUUUUUCUAACACUAAUUAGCUGCCGAUUAUGAUGCUCCAUCAAAAUACAAAAUAGUUCGACAAUCUCAACCAUAUGGUACAUUAUCCGGUGAUGCUGGUCUACUCUUUAUUGCAUAUGCAGCUGAUACAAAGAAUUUUGAUUUUAUGUUGGAUCGAAUGACUGGUGAUAGUGAAGAUAGAAAAAAUGACGAUGUCAUGCGUUUUACUAAAUGUGUCACUGGGAAUUAUUGGUAUUUUCCUAGUGUACCAGAAUUUGAUCGUUUAGUCGGUGGUGGUCUAUGGGGAUUUUGGCGAUAAUUAAAUCAAACUAUAUUUUACUUUACUUUUGUUUGUAAUGAAUGAACAUAUUUAAAUGAAAUAUUAUAACCUAAUUUUCACUUUGUUCAUGAUCUAUUGAGAUGUAAAUAAUUAUAAUAAUAAUUAAUGGUGGUGUGGAUC